AACGGUCUUUACUCAUCAUUGGGAAAGGUAGGACAAACGGCCUUUACUUAUCAUUGGGAAAGGUAGGCCAAACGGCCUUUACUUAUCAUUGGGAAAGGUAGGACAAACGGUCUUUACUCAUCAUUGGGAAAGGUAGGCCAAAAGGCCUUUACUCAUCAUUGGGAAAGGUAGGAUGUGUUUUGGACAUAUCCUUUCUGUGCUCCAGCAAUUUACGAACAGAUGCCUCCUUCCAUCAGCCGUAUGCACCUUGUUCAGUAUCUGUCACUUUACAGUACUGUAGUUCAUGAUCUGGUUUUACUUACUUUAUGACAUUCCUCCUCGUUCUUAUAGGCUGGAGCAGACUUAGUCUCAAAAUAAGACGGGUUUAAAAUAGUUUUAGCCUGUUAAAGCAGGGUUUCCCAAACCUUUCUUUUUCAAGGUGAAGGGGGAGGUUCGGACAGAGCUAAAGGACGUCCAUUUUUUUUGCACUGAUCACAGACGUGGUCAAGUGUAAAUAUGACUUCUUACAUGAGCCUGACAGUGCAUGUCACGAAAGACUGAACACUAUCUCAGGCUAACACAGUUUGGAAAGCAAUUGGCUAUUGCUUCAAAGAGAAGACAAUGAAAAGACUUAUCUGUCUUUUAGUUAUCAAAAUUCUCAACUUAAUUGAGCGAACAGUAUUUUUGCCAUUGGCUAUAUCCCCGGUGAGUGUGCAUAUUCACUUUCUUUAUCCCUGGGUCAGUGCCACUUGAAAGUCAUAUUGAAAAAGAUUCUGCUAAUCUCUAUAGUCAUAUAAAGUGUAGUAGAAUUGCAUGAUAAAAAAUAUUUUAACAAGGGGGGGAAAAAAUCCUGUAAAGAGAAACAUAUCUGACAUAGCCUAGCCUAGCCUUACUCCACCACGCGCUGCAUUGAACAGCCGUUUUUUUGUGAACAGUGAUUGAGUUAUAUUAUUAACCUAAAUGAUGACUAUCCAAUUUACUAAUCACAUUAGCAAUAGUCAGCUAUCUUACAAAAGUCUGUAAAUGUGAUGAUGCAUAGAAUGCUUUAUUUAUUUUUUUAUGGUGAAAAUGAGCUUCCCCUUAACUUGAGACUCGCGCGCCUAUGAGCAAGACAGUUAGGCCUAAACACUCCGUUUUCCUUUGCUAAUGUUUCCCCCGUCCGUCCGUCGGCUGUCAGUUAUGUCGAUGACUGUGUACAUACCGCACGUCAAUCACCGACACCGGAAGUCCCAUGACCGUCACAGCCCUAAUUGUAUGCUUGAGUUUGUUCAAGAGAGGCUUUGACGCCAGAUUUGAGCAGAUCUUGCUUUAGUUUUCCUCAGCCUGUGUUUUGUUUCUCUCUCCUUUUCCUGUUAGAUGGUGAUGCUGCUUCUCUCCAGAGGAGCCAACAUUAAUGCUUUUGACAAGAAGGACCGCCGAGCAAUCCACUGGGCUGCUUACAUGGGGCACAUUGAGGUGGUGAAACUGCUGGCCUCUCAUGGAUCAGAGGUGUCCUGUAAAGACAAGAAGGCCUACACCCCUCUCCACUCUGCAGCCUCCAGCGGCAUGAUCAGCAUAGUCAAGUACCUCCUGGACCUUGGGGUGGAUAUCCACAGAUGAAGCAAUCUCAAUUGAGAGGGGAAAUACCUAUGUGAGAAUACUGUUCAUAGACUACAGCCCAGCAUUCAACACCAUAGUCCCCUCCAAGCUAGGGACCUUGGGACUGAAGACCUCCUUCUGCAACUGGAUGCUGGACUUUCUGACGGGCCGGCCCCAGGUGGUGAGGAUAGGCAAGAACACCUCUGCCACACUGACCUUCAACACGGGAGGCCCUCAGGGAUGCGUGCUUAGUCCCCUCUUGUACUCCCUGUUCACCCAUGACUGUGUGGCCACACACGACUCCAACACCAUCAUCAAGUUUGCUGACGACACGAAGGCGAUGAGAGGUCAGAGACUUGGCAUUGUGGUGCCAGGACAACCUCUUCCUCAAUGUCAGUAAGACCAAGGAGCUGAUCGUGGACUAUAGGAGCAAGAGGGGAGAGCACGUCCCCAUCCACAUCAACAGGGCUGUUAAAGGGUCUUGCUCUGACCCUACCCACAAUCCCUAGACUGUAUACAAACCAUAUUCACACACACACACACUACAUUCACACUCCCACACAAAAUCCACACACACACAAACCGACACAACCCAAACACACAUGCGUACACAUUACACACUCUCACAAACAAACACACACCUUUACACUCAUUUGCUGCUGCUGCUCUGUUCUUUAUUUUGCUCUUAUUAUUAUUAUCUAUCCUGAUGCCUAGUCACUUUACCCUGCCUUGUACAUAUCUACCUCAAAUACCUCGUACCCCUGCACACUGAUUUGGAACUGGUACUCCUUGUAUAUAGCUUUAUUAUUGGGUAUUUUAUUACACCGUUACAAUAUAUACAGUACCAGUCAAAAGUUUGGACACACCUAUUCAUUCCAGGGUUUCUUUAUUUUUUACAAUUUUCUACAUUGUAGAACAUCAAAAGUAUGAAAUACUACAUAAGGAAUCCUGUAGUAACCAAAAAAAUCGAAAUAUAUUUUAUAUUUGAGAUUCUUCAAAGUAGCCACCCUUUUCCUUGAUGACAGCUUUGCACACUCUUGGCAUUCUCUCAAUCAGCUUCAUGAGGGACUCACCUGGAAUGCAUUUCAAUUAACAGCUGUGCCUUGUUCAAAGUUAAUUUGUGGAAUUUAUUUCCUUAGUGCUUUUGAGCCAAUCACUUGUUUUGUGACAAGGUAGGGGUGGUAUACAGAAGAUAGCCCUAUUUGGUAAAAUACCAAGUCCAUAUUAUGGCAAGAACAGCUCAAAUAAGCAAAGAGAAACGAAAGUCUAAUAUUAUUUUAAGCCAUGAAGUUCAGUCAAUCCGGAAAAUUUCAAAAACUUUGAACGUUUCUUCAAGUGCAGUCACAAAAUCCAUCAAGCGCUAGACCCAGAGUUACCUCUGCUGUAAAGUUCAAGUAACAGACACAUCUCAACACUAGCUUGGAGAUCCCUUACAGGAUGUCUGUCACCCCACUGAGCCCCUCCUACAGUUUAGGGGUCACACCCACUUGAAUGUUCUUCAUAUGACGAACCUCCACCAGCCGAGUCUCCAACAGAGCAAAUGAGGAAAAUAUGAUAUAUUAUGGUUUAUGUUAGUAACAAUACAAUAUGGGAAUUUUAUCCCAAAGCUACCUACAGCUAACAUAUAUAUUUAUGUAUGUGAUCUAUGUAAAUAAAGGAGUAUAACACAGUUGUAAAACUGUGAAGGACUAUAUGGUGGAGGCCUACCCAUUUCCCAGGAGCAUUGUAAAAAGUGGCUUUGGGUACAGUGUUUAUUUUCCCCCUAAUAUCUUUGAAGAUUACACCUAAAAUAAUUAGGGCUACUUCUUUCUACUGCUGAUCUGAGACCAUUAGGGUUAAACACUACAGAUAUAAAUGCAAUAUAUGGAGUAGAAAAGAUUGCCUGCCCACCAAAGAAUCAACAUACGUUCUACAUGGUCUAUUUCUAUCUGAAUGUAACACCUCAAUCAAGCUUGUUAAUUGAUCGUUAAGUCCUGUUUGUCAGGUAAAAGGUCAUUAGUGGCCUAUAUAAGCCUCAUACAGGCCACAGGAAGACAUUACCUGUUGAUAACACAGACUAUUCUCAUGAUCAUGGGAUGUGUGAGAGAAUUACUGCUCUUUGUGAUGACUGUGGGGGUUUUAAAAGUUUCUUGUUACCCUGUUGGAAAGUCCCAGAAGCAAGAGCAAGUCUCUCUGCAGAGCAGACUUGGAGAGCUGUCAUCAAAUGACGUCUCCAUUGUGCAUGCCCUGGCCUUGCUCCGAUCCAUAGGGUCUGACGCUAAACAAGACAGAAGGUACGAGUAUUUAGAGACUAAUGAAGUAGAAUCCCAAGCUUCUCCAAACCAUGGUAGCUCUACGGCAAAUGAUGCCCUGUCCUCUGACGACGCUACCUCUGAAGCUGCCCCUGGCCCGUCUGACGACGCUACCUCUGAAGCUGCCCCUGGCCCGUCUGACGACGCUACCUCUGAAGCUGCCCCUGGCCCGUCUGACGACGCUACCUCUGAAGCUGCCCCUGGCCCGUCUGACGACGCUACCUCUGAAGCUGCCACUGGCCCGUCUGACGACGCUACCUCUGAAGCUGCCACUGGCCCGUCUGACGACGCUACCUCUGAAGCUGCCACUGGCCCGUCUGACGACGCUACCUCUGAAGCUGCCACUGGCCCGUCUGACGACGCUACCUCUGAAGCUGCCACUGGCCCGUCUGACGACGCUACCUCUGAAGCUGCCACUGGCCCGUCUGACGACGCUACCUCUGAAGCUGCCACUGGCCCGUCUGACGACGCUACCUCUGAAGCUGCCACUGGCCCGUCUGACGACGCUACCUCUGAAGCUGCCACUGGCCCGUCUGACGACGCUACCUCUGAAGCUGCCACUGGCCCGUCUGACGACGCUACCUCUGAAGCUGCCACUGGCCCGUCUGACGACGCUACCUCUGAAGCUGCCACUGGCCCGUCUGACGACGCUACCUCUGAAGCUGCCACUGGCCCGUCUGACGACGCUACCUCUGAAGCUGCCACUGGCCCGUCUGACGACGCUACCUCUGAAGCUGCCACUGGCCCGUCUGACGACGCUACCUCUGAAGCUGCCACUGGCCCGUCUGACGACGCUACCUCUGAAGCUGCCACUGGCCCGUCUGACGACGCUACCUCUGAAGCUGCCACUGGCCCGUCUGACGACGCUACCUCUGAAGCUGCCACUGGCCCGUCUGACGACGCUACCUCUGAAGCUGCCACUGGCCCGUCUGACGACGCUACCUCUGAAGCUGCCACUGGCCCGUCUGACGACGUUACCUCUGAAGCUGCCACUGGCCCGUCAGACGACGCUACCGCUGAAGCUGCCACUGUCCCGUCUGACGACGCUACCGCUGAAGCUGCCACUGUCCCGUCUGACGACGCUACCGCUGAAGCUGCCACUGUCCCGUCUGACGACGCUACCUCUGAAGCUGCCACUGUCCCGUCUGACGACGCUACCUCUGAAGCUGCCACUGUCCCGUCUGACGACGCUACCUCUGAAGCUGCCACUGUCCCGUCUGACGACGCUACCUCUGAAGCUGCCACUGUCCCGUCUGACGACGCUACCUCUGAAGCUGCCACUGUCCCGUCUGACGACGCUACCUCUGAAGCUGCCACUGUCCCGUCUGACGACGCUACCUCUGAAGCUGCCACUGUCCCGUCUGACGACGCUACCUCUGAAGCUGCCCCUGUCCCGUCUGACGACGCUACCGCUGAAGCUGCCACUGUCCCGUCUGACGACGCUACCGCUGAAGCUGCCACUGUCCCGUCUGACGACGCUACCGCUGAAGCUGCCACUGUCCCGUCUGACGACGCUACCUCUGAAGCUGCCACUGUCCCGUCUGACGACGCUACCUCUGAAGCUGCCACUGUCCCGUCUGACGACGCUGCCACUGUCCCGUCUGACGACGCUACCUCUGAAGCUGCCACUGUCCCGUCUGACGACGCUACCUCUGAAGCUGCCACUGUCCCGUCUGACGACGCUACCUCUGAAGCUGCCACUGUCCCGUCUGACGACGCUACCUCUGAAGCUGCCACUGUCCCGUCUGACGACGCUACCUCUGAAGCUGCCACUGUCCCGUCUGACGACGCUACCUCUGAAGCUGCCACUGGUCCGUCUGACGAUCCUACCGCCACCUCUGAAGCUGCCACUGGCCCGUCUGACGAUCCUACCGCCACCUCUGAAGCUGCCCCUGGCCCGUCUGACGACGCUACCUCUGAAGCUGCCCCUGGCCCGUCUGACGACGCUACCUCUGAAGCUGCCCCUGGCCCGUCUGACGACGCUACCUCUGAAGCUGCCCCUGGCCCGUCUGACGACGCUACCUCUGAAGCUGCCACUGGCCCGUCUGACGACGCUACCUCUGAAGCUGCCACUGGCCCGUCUGACGACGCUACCUCUGAAGCUGCCACUGGCCCGUCUGACGACGCUACCUCUGAAGCUGCCACUGGCCCGUCUGACGACGCUACCUCUGAAGCUGCCACUGGCCCGUCUGACGACGCUACCUCUGAAGCUGCCACUGGCCCGUCUGACGACGCUACCUCUGAAGCUGCCACUGGCCCGUCUGACGACGCUACCUCUGAAGCUGCCACUGGCCCGUCUGACGACGCUACCUCUGAAGCUGCCACUGGCCCGUCUGACGACGCUACCUCUGAAGCUGCCACUGGCCCGUCUGACGACGCUACCUCUGAAGCUGCCACUGGCCCGUCUGACGACGCUACCUCUGAAGCUGCCACUGGCCCGUCUGACGACGCUACCUCUGAAGCUGCCACUGGCCCGUCUGACGACGCUACCUCUGAAGCUGCCACUGGCCCGUCUGACGACGCUACCUCUGAAGCUGCCACUGGCCCGUCUGACGACGCUACCUCUGAAGCUGCCACUGGCCCGUCUGACGACGCUACCUCUGAAGCUGCCACUGGCCCGUCUGACGACGCUACCUCUGAAGCUGCCACUGGCCCGUCUGACGACGCUACCUCUGAAGCUGCCACUGGCCCGUCUGACGACGCUACCUCUGAAGCUGCCACUGGCCCGUCUGACGACGCUACCUCUGAAGCUGCCACUGGCCCGUCUGACGACGUUACCUCUGAAGCUGCCACUGGCCCGUCAGACGACGCUACCGCUGAAGCUGCCACUGUCCCGUCUGACGACGCUACCGCUGAAGCUGCCACUGUCCCGUCUGACGACGCUACCGCUGAAGCUGCCACUGUCCCGUCUGACGACGCUACCUCUGAAGCUGCCACUGUCCCGUCUGACGACGCUACCUCUGAAGCUGCCACUGUCCCGUCUGACGACGCUACCUCUGAAGCUGCCACUGUCCCGUCUGACGACGCUACCUCUGAAGCUGCCACUGUCCCGUCUGACGACGCUACCUCUGAAGCUGCCACUGUCCCGUCUGACGACGCUACCUCUGAAGCUGCCACUGUCCCGUCUGACGACGCUACCUCUGAAGCUGCCACUGUCCCGUCUGACGACGCUACCUCUGAAGCUGCCCCUGUCCCGUCUGACGACGCUACCGCUGAAGCUGCCACUGUCCCGUCUGACGACGCUACCGCUGAAGCUGCCACUGUCCCGUCUGACGACGCUACCGCUGAAGCUGCCACUGUCCCGUCUGACGACGCUACCUCUGAAGCUGCCACUGUCCCGUCUGACGACGCUACCUCUGAAGCUGCCACUGUCCCGUCUGACGACGCUGCCACUGUCCCGUCUGACGACGCUACCUCUGAAGCUGCCACUGUCCCGUCUGACGACGCUACCUCUGAAGCUGCCACUGUCCCGUCUGACGACGCUACCUCUGAAGCUGCCACUGUCCCGUCUGACGACGCUACCUCUGAAGCUGCCACUGUCCCGUCUGACGACGCUACCUCUGAAGCUGCCACUGUCCCGUCUGACGACGCUACCUCUGAAGCUGCCACUGGUCCGUCUGACGAUCCUACCGCCACCUCUGAAGCUGCCACUGGCCCGUCUGACGAUCCUACCGCCACCUCUGAAGCUGCCACUGGCCCGUCUGACGAUCCUACCGCCACCUCUGAAGCUGCCACUGGCCCGUCUGACGACGCCACCUCUGAAGCUGCCACUGGCCCGUGUGACGACGCUGCCAAUGGCCCGUGUGACGACGCUGCCACUGGCCCGUCUGACGACGCCACCUCUGAAGCUGCCACUGGCCGGUCUGACGACGCUAGCGCUGCCACUGAUCCGUCUGACGAUGCUACCGCUACCUCGGAAGCUGCCACUGGCCCGUCUGACGACGCUACCUCGGAAGCUGCCACUGGCCCGUCUGACGACGCUACCUCGGAAGCUGCCACUGGCCCGUCUGACGACGCUACCUCGGAAGCUGCCACUGGCCCGUCUGACGACGCUACCUCGGAAGCUGCCACUGGCCCGUCUGACGACGCUACCUCGGAAGCUGCCACUGGCCCGUCUGACGACGCUACCUCGGAAGCUGCCACUGGCCCGUCUGACGACGCUACCUCGGAAGCUGCCACUGGCCCGUCUGACGACGCUACCUCGGAAGCUGCCACUGGCCCGUCUGACGACGCUACCUCGGAAGCUGCCACUGGCCCGUCUGACGACGCUACCUCGGAAGCUGCCACAGGCCCGUCUGACGACGCUACCUCGGAAGCUGCCACAGGCCCGUCUGACGACGCUACCUCGGAAGCUGCCACAGGCCCGUCUGACGACGCUACCUCGGAAGCUGCCACAGGCCCGUCUGACGACGCUACCUCGGAAGCUGCCACUGGCCCGUCUGACGACGCUACCUCUGAAGCUGCCACUGGCCCGUCUGACGACGCUACCUCUGAAGCUGCCACUGGCCCGUCUGACGACGCUACCUCUGAAGCCGCCACUGGCUCGUCUGACAACGCUACAUCUGACGCCGCCACUGGCCCGUCUGACGACGCCGCCACUGGCCCGUCUGACGACGCCGCCACUGGCCCGUCUGACGACGCCGCCACUGGCCCGUCUGACGACGCCGCCACUGGCCCGUCUGACGACGCUACCUCUGAAGCUGCCACUGGCCCGUCUGACGACGCUACCUCUGAAGCUGCCACUGGCCCGUCUGACGACGCUACCUCUGAAGCUGCCACUGGCCCGUCUGACGAUCCUACCGCCACCUCUGAAACUGCCACUGGCCCGUCUGACGAUCCUACCGCCACCUCUGAAGCUGCCACUGGCCCGUCUGACGAUCCUACCGCCACCUCUGAAGCUGCCACUGGCCCGUCUGACGACGCCACCUCUGAAGCUGCCACUGGCCCGUCUGACGACGCCACCUCUGAAGCUGCCACUGGCCCGUCUGACGACGCCACCUCUGAAGCUGCCACUGGCCCGUCUGACGACGCCACCUCUGAAGCUGCCACUGGCCCGUCUGACGACGCCACCUCUGAAGCUGCCACUGGCCCGUCUGACGACGCCACCUCUGAAGCUGCCACUGGCCCGUCUGACGAUCCUACCGCCACCUCUGAAGCUGCCACUGGCCCGUCUGACGACGCCACCUCUGAAGCUGCCACUGGCCCGUGUGACGACGCUGCCACUGGCCCGUGUGACGACGCUGCCACUGGCCCGUCUGACGACGCCACCUCUGAAGCUGCCACUGGCCGGUCUGACGACGCUAGCGCUGCCACUGAUCCGUCUGACGAUGCUACCGCUACCUCGGAAGCUGCCACUGGCCCGUCUGACGACGCUACCUCGGAAGCUGCCACUGGCCCGUCUGACGACGCUACCUCGGAAGCUGCCACUGGCCCGUCUGACGACGCUACCUCGGAAGCUGCCACUGGCCCGUCUGACGACGCUACCUCGGAAGCUGCCACUGGCCCGUCUGACGACGCUACCUCGGAAGCUGCCACUGGCCCGUCUGACGACGCUACCUCGGAAGCUGCCACAGGCCCGUCUGACGACGCUACCUCUGAAGCUGCCACUGGCCCGUCUGACGACGCUACCUCUGAAGCCGCCACUGGCCCGUCUGACGACGCUACCUCUGAAGCCGCCACUGGCUCGUCUGACAACGCUACAUCUGACGCCGCCACUGGCCCGUCUGACGACGCCGCCACUGGCCCGUCUGACGACGCCGCCACUGGCCCGUCUGACGACGCCGCCACUGGCCCGUCUGACGACGCCGCCACU